AGGCCUGCUCCACACUUCUGCUGGGGAAGGACAGAGAAGGACAUGGAGCAGGGGAAGGGCCUGACUAGCCUCAUCCUGACUGUCAUUCUUCUUCAAGGUACUAUGGCCCAGUCAAAACAAGGAAACUAUUUAGUAAAAGUGGAUGACAAGCGAGAGGAUGGUUCAGCACUUUUGACUUGUGAUGUGAAAGAUGUGAAAGACAAAAAUAUCCAAUGGUUCAAAGAUGGGAAGAUGAUAAGUAAUACAAGUAAAAAUACAUGGAAUCUUGGAAGUAGUAUCAAGGACCCUCAAGGAAUAUAUUGGUGUCGAGACUCAAAGGGCACUUCACAGCAACUCCAAGUGUAUUAUAGAAUGUGUCAGAACUGCAUUGAGAUAAAUGCAUCCACUGUAUCUGGCUUUAUCUUCGCUGAAAUCAUCAGCCUUUUCUUCCUUGCUGUUGGGGUUUACUUCAUUGCUGGACAGGAUGGAAUUCGUCAGUCAAGAGCUUCAGACAAGCAGACUCUGUUGCCCAAUGACCAGCUCUAUCAGCCCCUCAAGGAUCGGGAAGAUGACCAAUACAGCCAUCUUCAAGGAAACCAACUGAGGAAGAAGUGAGGUAUUCUGCCUUCUAUCCAGUUCUCAAAAUCAAAACAAUAUACUUAGAGAGCUCACUGCAGAGAGAUUUUUUUCAGCCUUAAGUCUAAACUCCAGUUUCACAGAGGUGACAAAUGAAAGGAUUAUAGAACAAAUUUGGGUUUUCCUCAAAACAAAAUAAAAGUCAGGGCUAGGGGUGUAGCUCAGUGGUAGAGCACUUGCCCAACAUGUGUGAGGUCCUGAUUUUCAUUCACCAGCACCAGGUAAAAUAAGUCAAUUAAAAACAAGCAUAGUAUGGUGUUUCAGGAGCACCACCUAUUGGAGGAAGUUGUAAAAGAAAAAGAAAAAUAUCAACCCCUCUAUUGAGUAGAAUCUUUUUGUUGUUUUUGGUUUUGGGUUUUUUUGGGUUUUUUUUGGCAAUACUGGGA